CGGGAGGCGCGGAGCCGCCGUGGGGGAUCAUGGCGCCGCUGAGGGACUGCAAGUCUUCAGAUGUAACUACAACUGCACAAAAGGCCUGGGAGGAUGCUGGACUUGUUCUGUCCACGACUAGCAAUGAAGCCUGUAAACUAUUUGACGCUGUGCUGACCCAGUAUGCAACUUGGACCAAUAAUGAGAGCCUUGGAGGUAUUGAGGGAUGUCUCUCCAAGUUAAAAGCAGCAGAUCCAAAGUUUACAAUGGGACAUGUCAUUGCUAAUGGUUUGGAGUUGAUUGGCACUGGAAGUUCAGUGCGGCUCAACAAAGAACUGGACAGUGCGAUGAGAACGAUGACGACGCUUUCAAAAUCACAGCCCCUGACUGAGCGGGAGAAGCUUCAUGUGUCAGCAUUGGACAUGUUUGCCAGGGGCCAGCUUCCGAAAGCUUGUGAUCUAUGGGAACAGAUUCUUCAGAGCCACCCAACUGACCUGCUAGCCCUCAAAUUUUCCCAGGACACUUAUUUCUACCUGGGACAUCAUAUACAGAUGCGAGAUUCUGUUGCCAGGGUUUAUCCUUUCUGGACACCUGAUGUGCCACUAAGCAGCUACGUGAAGGGCUACUACUCUUUUGGACUCAUGGAAACAAACUUUUUUGAUCGUGCUGAGGAGCUUGCCCAUGAGGCUUUGGCUAUAAAUCAGACAGAUGCAUGGUCUGUUCAUACUGUAGCUCACAUAAAUGAAAUGAAAGCAGAGGUGAAGAAAGGGUUAGAAUUCAUGAAGGAAACGGAAACCAACUGGAAGAACAGUGAUAUGCUUGCUUGCCACAAUUACUGGCACUGGGCUUUAUACUUUAUUGAAAAGGGUGAAUAUGAGGCCGCUUUGACAAUUUAUGACAAUCAUAUUGCUCCCCGGUGUCUGUCAAGUGGAAGCAUGCUGGAUGUAGUAGAUAACUGUUCGAUGCUCUACAGGCUUCACCUGGAAGGUGUAAAGCUUGGAGACAGGUGGAACAAUGUUCUCAAGCUUACAAAGAAGCACACCAGAGAUCACAUCCUUCUGUUCAAUGAUGUGCACAUCUUGAUGUCCUCACUUGGAGCCAAAGACCACAAAACUACUGAUGAGCUUUUAACGACUCUUCAGGAACUUGCCAAAGCACCUUGUGAAGACCAUGAGCUUUCCCUGGCUCCUAGUCUGGGGUUGCCUCUGUGCCAGGCUUUUGUAGAGUUCGAAAAGGGAAAUUGUGACAAAGCUGUAGACCUGCUGUACCCAAUCCGUUAUCAGCUAAUCCAACUGGGAGGCAGUAAUGCGCAGAGGGAUGUUUUCAGCCAGUUACUGAUUCAUGCUGCUUUAAAUUCUAAAUCACAAGCCAAACAAAACCUUGCAAGGUGCCUCCUGAGAGAACGGGAUGUGAUGAGACCAAAUUCACCAAUGACGGAGCGACUUAUUAGGAAGGCAGCAGCCGUUCAUUCAAUGGCAUAAAAACCUUUCAUCUGUGCUUCAGCUGAAAGAGCAAUAAGCUUACCAAUCAAAGUCUGGGUGCAGGGAGUGGAGGGGUGCUAUGCUGUAAACCAUGCUAGAGAUUCACGGUAGGUAAGUCAGAGAUCUGACAACAGUUCUCUUAAAAUACAGAGCUGUUGUGUUUCAAGAGGUUGUACCUUAGACGAUUCCACAAGAAGGAAGAAGAUAACCUGGUGCUAACGCACAGCUUUCUAGAGCUUCCUGGGGCACUGCUUUUCUGGUAUAUUUUUCUGAAAGUUCCCUCUGACCCUGAUUAUAUACAGUGGAGUAACAGUGCCUGAAUUUCAGUCAUUUGUUGGCCCAACUUGUUACUUCAUUAAUAUGUUAAAUAAUCAGUUAAUUGCUCAGGUAAUUCAAAUGGACUUUUUAAACAUAACUAAUAGGAACGUAGGGGGCCAGAGCCAAUACAGGCAUCAACUGAAUUCCAUAUCAAGCUUCCAGUCCAUUUGGGCAUGAGUCACAGACUCUGGCAUUACAGAUCUGUCUGCAUUCAGGAUCUCUUUCCAGGUGCAUAUUUUUAAACUCCCCCUAUAAAAUGUUAAACCUUUUAUUUUCAAUAUAGCACCUAAAUGUUAAACCUCUUAUUUUCAAUAUAGCACCUCAGAG